AUGUCGAUUCUGGUAGGAAGCGCAAAAAAAUCGGACCACGUCAAAAAUAAUCCAGAUACCGAUGGCCUUAGUUCUACUGUCUAUAUCUGUCGUGAUUGUCCUACCUUUCGAACUUUAACCAAAGAAACGGUUGACGACCACCUAUCUGAGGUGCAUCAUAUCCCACUAAAACUGUUUUGCCAUCAAACAUCCACCGAGAUCUCGGAAACAAACUGUCCACCAUCGACGGCAGAACCGCUGCAAACACCAUCAUCCCUAAGGUUGAAAUUGUCUGAGUCCGUCUGCGAGACAUCAUGGUCUAGCAGUUCUCCACCUCCACGUCCUAACUCACCCGUUUCACCUCUGACGAAAGACAAUUGUCAACCACGGAAGAAAAUUACAAUUACUUUGAACGCCUCACCAAAUCUGUCUUUGGCAUCAGAAACUCCCGUGGAGAUAAUUCAUCAAGUCGUACCGCACCCUGAUUUCCGUUCUGCACCAAAGGAGGAAGAAGCAGAAAACGGGGCUGGGAAUCAUUCGCCUCAUAUGCAUACCUUUAUCGAUCCAGGCUCAACGUCGUCCACGUUACGUUCCGUUAGUUCAUCCCCAGAGCAAAAGUCGUCUGUUCAAGCUUCUUCUGAGCGUCCAUUCUACAGUGAGCGGCCUCUUCGCACCAACUCUUCUGAGGAAUACCAAGCGCAACAUCAUGAGACGGAAACUGUCUCAUGUCAUGUAGCAUUACUCAUGGGCAAAAUUCAUGUUUCUAAAUUAGGGCAUAUGUUCGGUUUACUCAGUACGGUGGAAUUGACAGCGGCCGUGCUCUUAACCGUUGUCAAUUUAACCGGUCGUGGAAGGAUGUGA